UUUUAUUAUUACCCUUCUCUCUCUCUCACUCUAUGUUUCUUCUUCGGUGGUUUUUCUCUCUCUACUGAAACUGCAUCAUCAUCAUUAUCCAUUUCAUUACAUUACAUUGUCCCAACAAUGGGGAGGGCUUCUGGCGAAUGGGUUAAAGCUUUCAUAGGACUCAACAAACACAAAGACAAUCACAACUCUGAAAAGGGUGUCGGAAAGGUGAAGAAGAAAUGGAAGAUCUGGAGAAGUUCAUCAUCAUCAUCAUCAACAACAUCAUCAAAUGAUCAUCAAAAUGGCGGAUCGUGGAAAGGCUUCAAAAGAAUCGCCGGCGGCGGUUCAGAUCUGAAUAAUUCAGACAGUUCCUUCUCCGCCGCCGUCGCCGCCGUUGUCAGAGCUCCUCCCAAAGACUUCCGAGCCGUCCGCCAUGAAUGGGCCGCCAUUCGAAUCCAGACAGCCUUCCGAGGAUUCCUGGCCAGAAGAGCUUUAAAAGCUUUAAAAGGAGUUGUCCGCCUCCAGGCCAUCGUCCGCGGCCGGCAGGUCCGAAAACAAGCCGCCGUAACUCUCCGGUGUAUGCAGGCCCUCGUCCGCGUCCAGGCUCGCGUCCGCGCCCGCCGCGUCCGCAUGUCCGCCGACGGCCAGGCCGUACAGAACAUUCUCCACCACCGCCGCCGCGCCAUAGCCGACGACCUCUUCAAACACGCCGAGGAAGGAUGGUGCGACAGCAGAGGAACUCUGGAAGAGGUUAAGGCGAAGAUACAUAUGAGGCAAGAGGGAGCUGUCAAAAGAGAAAGGGCCAUUGCGUAUUCUCAAUCUCAAAAGGGGAAAUCGACGUCGAAUGGUCGCGAAUUCGACAAGAACAGCUGGGGGUGGAGCUGGCUCGAGCGAUGGAUGGCGGCGAAGCCGUGGGAAACACGACUAAUGGAGAUGAACAAUGUCGUCGAAUUAAAGAAUUUCCGGGACAUGUCCAAAGGGAGCGUCUCUAGGUUGUCUGAACCUAGUACAUUGAGAAUUAAGAAAAACGUGACGAAGAGGGUGUCCGCGCCGGCGAAUCAAUCGUCAUCUAGCUAUAGCUCAGAUUUCAGACACGACGAGAGCUCAGUUUCGUCUUCAAUCUUCACGACUGCAACUCCUGUCUCCGGAAACACGGCUUCAGACAGGACAGACGAGAAAAGCAAUGGCCGGAGGCCUAAUUACAUGAACUUGACCGAAGCUACCAAAGCCAAGCGGAGGAGCUGCCGAGUGAUGAGGCAGUCGAUGGACGAACUUCAGUUUCUUACAAGAUCAAUGGCUGUCGAUCCUUGUACAGUUCCUACAUCCCGACCUCUCGGCGAUAAGUUUUCGAGGGAUUAG